CGCUUCCUGUGGAUUGCUGGGCGGCGGUGGCUAUAUUUCCAAGAUGAAUCCUAGUGGCGAAAUUCCAAUGAUUCCGGACUCCGUUCACCGGAUGUGGCCGGAACUGGAUGGUCUCGGAUUCGGCGUCAAGUCCUCCCACCUGGGCGGUUACGUUCGGAUCUCCCAGCCGAAGAACGCGCGAGAGAGUUCUGAGAAAACAGCAUCCAGAUCUGCGAUGAGAUCCGCGGCACCGAAUCCGCGAGAUCUAGAAGAGAGUUCUAGGAGGAAAAUCCCGGUGAUCACAGACUCUUCUCGCCAGAUGUUUGCAGAGCUGGAAGGCAUCGAAAUCAGAAUGAGAUCCGCCUCCCAUGACUGGACGGACGAGAGGAUGAGCGAGCUUCCUCAUGUAGACAUCCAAAGGUAUCAUGAACUGGAUGUUUGUCAGAGAAUGAAGGUUCUGUGUGCAGGAAUCGAGUCGCUAUAUCGCCAAGUCACUACCCAAUCGGUGGGCUAUUUGUUGAUGGCGGCAUGGGGGCUCGUCUCUCCCCAAAACAAACAGGUGUACGUCUUCCCUAAAGUCGCCAUGAAUGGCCCUUGUGUAGAUGUCACAGAGCUCGAACAAAGGGCACUGGUAACACUUGAAGGAACCUGCUAGCCUUCUGCCCGGCUAUGGUCACCUCAGCAGAGGAGUGCAUUUGAGAGAACAGCCGCGUACAUGUGUGCUGCCACUUUGAGGCUCAUUACCAAAGAUGAAGGAAGCCUGCACAGAGCCUGGAAAUCCAUCAUGAGAAAUUACAUCAACUUUUAUCACGAAGAGCCUGCUUUUGAGUUAACCCCAAACCUGGAUUGUCUGGAGGCCAUUCGCAAUUUCCUUCAAGCUAGGAGACAUCUUAAGGGCACAAUUGCCUGUUUCCUGCUGGGGUUUCUGCAACUGGAAGGACAGGAUCGGAGAUUGUGUAGUGCAUUGUUUGAAAGGGACAUGGCUUACACAGGCAUGCACGCCUACACACUUCUCAUGUCUGUGACUGAAAUGCUCCAAGCCCCACUGAGUGAGGUUAUCAAGGUGGUCACACACCCAUCUCUUGUUGACGCGCUGAGGACGAUUGUGCACAUUGUCCUCAAGUAUGAACUGCCCCAGACUGACGCCGAUAGGGAGCGUGCCAUGGGAGCCAGGACAUGGAAGUAUGCACGAAUUUUCGACAGCGCUCAGUUCGCAGCCAUUCAGACAGAUAAGUGUGUGAUGUUGGUCGCGGUUCUGGCAACCAUUGCGCAGAAGCUGGGUGGUGGAGGUGGUGACGCAACCAAGAUACAUGGGAUCUCUGGCUAUCUAACAAGCCGUCGAGACGUGUAUGAAAAGCGUGCUGAUGUGUUCAUAUCAUACUUCAAGAGUGGUACAUGAUGAUGAUGAUGGCAUGCUAGCUAGCUAGCUGUGCAAGGAAAGGAAGAAGAGCAAUUGAAGAAGGAUCAUUUUUCAAAAGGACUCUUCAUUCCAUGAAGAAUGCCAUUUGCUAGAGGUUGCCAUCUAAUACAUAGGGUUUACAUUCCUCAAUGCAGAAUAGGACUUAGUAAUGGAAUCUUACCAAGUAAUUAGUGUGGUUUUCAUCUCUGCCCUGCCUGCCUUUAAUAUGGCUCCAUUUAUAUACUUCACUGCUUCAACAGUCUUAGAUUUCAACGGAUUGAUGAUCAAUGUUAGUUAUGUUUUUGGUUCUUCUGCUAUUAAGUUACCUUAACUCUUUAAAAAUUGUGCAAAAAUAGAAAUACUAGUCCUUG